AUGGACGACCCGUUUACGACUCCGCAGCGGACAUCGGUCCAGGACAGCAACAGUCAUCUCAUUUCCCUGCCCACAUCGUCACCAUCACAGAUCAAACGGACGCUGGAGGCACAUCUAGCGGAAGUCAGCAAACGCAUCGAGACCGCCGGGAACCUGGGACGGGCGCUGCUGAAACAGCAACAAGAAUAUGAAUCGAGGAUCAAGGAGCUGGACGAGGCCGGCGACACGGUCGACCCGGAGCUGAAGAAGAAACUGCAGGACUUGGAGAAGGAGUACAAUGAAGUCGGCAGAGAGAGCGCAAGGGCGGUAUUGACGAACAAGAUCAUGGGCGGUGGCGGUGGAACGUCACCGUACGCGGCUGGAAAUAUCACCCCAUCGACCGCAGCAAAUCUACAGGCUCAUGGCACAAACUCCCCUUCAAAACCUACAUCACGUCGCCAGCGAAAUCAGCCAUCCCGACAACACGAUCUCGAGUUCGCGGCUGAGCUUGGCCAGGGUUUGCUCGUUGAGGUUAGGCGGCUCCAAGCAUUGCUGUCCGAGCGCGAGGAGGCUCUCCGGGUGAUACAGAUUGAGAAAGCCAGAUUGGAGCAGCAGGCCGAGCAUUUGGAGAACCGGGUCCGAGCUUUUGACGAGAGCGAGCAGAAGUACAAAGAGGAGAACUGGAAUUUGGAAUUGCUCAACCAGGAUCUACUAGCCCAGGCCAGAGACCAGCAGGAGAUUGAAGACCGACUACACGCAGAGAUUCAGCGGCUAUGCCACGAGAAAGAGGAUAUCAUCAAGGAGCUCGAUGAGUGGAAACACCAGAACGAGAAGCUAUUUGAGGACCUCGAAGCGGAGCAUAAGCAUCAUGAAGUCGAGUUUGCCACCAUGCGGAGGAAUCUGGCUACAAAUGAGAAUGAACGUAUUACGCUAGAGAAGAAGGUGGAGGACUUGAAGCAGGAGCUAGAAGAUAGUCAUAAUCAGAGCAGCCGAUUGCGGGCCUCCCUCGAGCACAGAGAGGACCUUGAACAGAAUGAGGAUCCGUUCGUGAUGGAGCCCGCUCAAACCACACCAGAAAACUCCCCUCCCACAUCUCCCACAAAGCCAACGCCGAGAAAUACACACUUGGAAGCCGAGACCCUGAAAUCGAGUCUGCAGCAUGCCCACAGAAUGAUUACCAACCUCAAGUCAAACAUGAACCGAGAAAAGACCGAGAAGGCUGAGCUUAGACGCCUAUUACAGGAGGCUAGAGACGACCUUGAGAAUUCGCGGCUGAGAAGAGAUUCUAUCGGUGGCCCACCAAGUAGUGCCGACAAGAGACGGAAGGGCAAGGCCUCAUUCAUCAAGUCCGGAGCUCCACGACCCAUCUUCAACACAGCUCUUCUUGGCGGUGCACGCCGUACCAAAGAUGAAGUAGUCAAGAACACUCAGGUAGACGAGGAAUGGGAGGAGGCAGAAGAUGAGCCUACUUCACCCACCAGAUCUAAGUUCCCAUCAAGCUCAGUUGUCCUCCGAGACUACACCCUCAGCCCACCUAGUGGCGGUGAAGCAGACGAGUCCGCAUUUGAGACCGCAAACGAGGCUACCGGCAUGACUACAGAUGCUUUCGAGACCGCCAAUGAGCAUGACAGCACUGCGACAGAGACGGAAGCUUAUAGGACUGGCAAUGAGAGCCCUGUGUACGAUCACCCAACCUCAGCCGACGAACUCACCGAAACCGAGUCCGGUCCGCACCUAAAGGCCAUUAAAAAGAAGACUUCCCGCGCCUCUUCGUUUGGUGGUUCUAGACGCCCCGGCCUCAACAGAAUCCGCCACAGGGACAGCGUUGCCUCCUCUGCAUCUACCGAAGAGGAUUCAGAUGGCGCGUAUGAGGACCGCCGCAACCGUCGCGACGACUUUAUGACCCCCAUCCCCGGUUCAGGCCAACGUCUCAGGAGCAAAAUGGGUAGACCUCAGAGCAGGGGAACCAGAAUGCCUAGCCAGAGCAGCAUGUUCCGAAACCGUGAGCGCGCAUUUUCGGUCGGCUCCAGCAACAGGGACAGAGCGUUCUCAGCGAGCUCUAGCGACGCAGGUACCUUCCAGUUCCGCAACGGAUCCCCCAGCAGUGUACGUCAUAGACCCUCAGGCGCCGGUGAGCGCAAGAGCUUGUUUGCCGAGUUGGGCGAUGGUAUGUUUAAUGGUGAGGACGACGAGGAUACUGCAGAGGAGGAUGAGGCACCGACUACUCCCACCAGGACUAGCAUGCCAUACGUUACCAAGGGUGCCAUGGUCGAUUGCGGUAUCAUGACCGAUGAUCUCCUGGACUACCCUGUGCUUGACCGUUCUCGCAACUUUUUGGGUAUCAAUGAUUUGGACAGGCCCCGAACAGCGUUCUCUACAAUGUCAUCAAUGCACACAAUCGAGGAGGUGGAAAAGACCAACGACAUGGGCGUCCAAUCUGAAGAUGCGGAUGUUAUAGAGAUGGGAACCCAAUAUGAUGCAACUCCAGUUUCAGAGGUUGGCAUCCAGUCCGAGGCCACCCCGGUCACUACCAUUGGAGUUCAAUUCGACCCAACCCCAGUAAUUGAGAUGGGCACGCAAUCCGACGUAUCCUACCCCAUCCACCCCGACCUUAGUAAGGAGCUCCAUGAGACCGAAGAGGAGCUCAAGGUAACCUCAGCGAAGCUACUCGUGGUUGAAGGCACUGCCGCAGCUGCAGCUGCUAAGUUGCUCGAAGCAGAUGAGGCCAGCAAGGUAGCAGCCGCAAAGCUUCUCGAGUCCGACGAGGCCGGAAAGGUGGCGGCGGAGAAACUAAUCAAGGCAGACGAGGAGGCCAAGCUAGCGGCCGAGAAGCUCCUACAGUUUGAGGAGGGCGAAAAGGUCGCUGCAGCGAAGCUUCUUGCAGUAGAAGAGGAGGCACGGGAUAUUGCUGCCAGAUUGGCCGCAUCAGAAGAGGAAGCAAUGGCUACCGCUCAUCGACUAGCAGCAUCUGAAGAGUUGUCUCACGCCACAGCCGCGAGAUUAGCAGCAUCAGAGAAGGACUUGGCAGCAGCGGAAAAGAGGUUGGCGGCAUCAGAAGAGGACGGAAGAGUGUCAGCGGUGAAACUAGUUGCGGCGGCGGCGGCAGGUGCGAUUGCGGCGGAGGCGCUACGUGCUGCACAGGAUAGCGGCAAGGCAACAGAGGAGAAGUUAAGGCAGGUUGAGGAGGAGGCGAGGUUGGCUGCGGAGAGGCUUGCAAGGGAAGAGGAGAAUAGCAGGAGUAUUGCGGAGAGGCUUGCACAAGAGGAGGAGAACGUCAGGGCUACAGCGGCGAAGUUGGCCCAAGAGCAGGAGAAUAUGAGGGCGACAUCGGCUAGGCUUGCCCAGGAGGAGGAGAGCUCGAGGGCCAUAUCGGCUAGGCUUGCUCAGGAAGAGGAGAAUGUGAGGAUUACAGCAGCCAAGCUUGCUCAAGAAGAGGAAAACGUCAGGUCAACAGCGGCAAAACUCGCCCAGGAAGAGGAUAGCGGCAGAGCGUUAGCGACAAAACUGGCGGAGUCCGAAGAGACUGGACAGACAACUGCGGAGAGGUUGAGGCUUGCGGAAGAAGAGAUGAUGGCCACUGCAGCGAGGUUAGCUGAUUCCGAAGAGGAAACUAGAGCCACCGCAGAAAGAUUGGCAUCAUCACAGGAAAAAGCAAGGGCUACGGAAGAAAGAUUAGCGGCGUCACAAGAGGAGGCAAGAGCCACGGCAGAGAGAUUGGCGGCAUCACAGGAAGAGGCGAGGGCCACCGCUGAGAGAUUGGCUGCGGCGGAAGAGGAGUCAAGGGCUACCGCUGAGAGGUUGGCUGCGGCGGAGGAGGAGUCAAGGGCCACAGCUCAGAGAUUGGCAGCAUCGGAGGAGGAGUCAAGGGCCGCAGCUCAGAGGUUGGCGGCAUCAGAGGAAGAGGUCCGAACCACAGCCGAGAAGUUGGCCGCAUCUGAAGAUGAAAUGAGGGCUACCACCGAGAGACUAGCAGUGGCAGAAGAAGAGGCGAGGAUCACUGCCGAGCGGUUGGCUGCAUCUGAGGAAGAGGCCCGUAUCACGGCUGAACGGCUUGCGGCAUCCGAGGAAGAGGUCAAGAACACCGUUGCUAAGUUGGCUGCAUCUGAGGAAGAGGUCAAGGCCACGGCUGCCAGGUUGGCGGCAUCUGAAGAGGAGGCCCGGAAUACGGCUGCAAAAUUAGCAGGGUCAGAAGAGGAGUCAAGAGUAGUAGUAGCGAAACUGGCGGCAGCAGAGGAAGAUGGUAGGAUAUCAGUCGCCAAAUUGGUUGCGGCGGCAGCAGCGGGUGCGUUGACGGCGGAUAGGCUUCGGGCAGCACAAAACAGCCGCGAGGAAACAGAGAGAAAGCUUAGAGCGGCUGAGGAGGAUGCAAGGAAUGCCAAGGAGCUAGCACAGAAGAAUAAGCAGGAUUUCACAAAGGCUAUGGGAGAAGUCAACACUCUCAAGCCUAUAAUUGUCAAGCUCGAAGAGGAAAUCGCAUCUCUGAAGGCGGAGCGUGAUGGCUUCAAGGAGAUAGCAUCUGCCCUUCCAGCUGCCCAGGAACUCGCACAGAAGAACGAGGCUAGCUUUGUCAAGGCACAAGAGGAAAUCAACACACUCAAACCGAUCAUCGCCUCUCUCGAGGAGCAGCUCAAGAAUCUCAAGGUCGAGCGUGACAACUUGCAAGAAACCGAGCUCCCAGCAGCAAAGGCCAUGGCACAAAAGAACGAAGCCAACUUUGUCAGAGCCCGGGAAGAAAUCAAUACUCUCAAACCAAUCAUCGUCAAGCUCGAGGAGGAGAUCGUGGUUCUCAAGGUGGAGCGUCAAAGUCUGCAGGAAACCGCAUCUACUAUCCCGGCUGCAAAGGAGAUGGCUAGGAAGAAUGAGGAGAAUUUUGCCAAGGCUCUUCGGGAAGUUAACACACUCAAACCAAUCAUUGCCCAGCUCGAGGAGGAGGUUAAGACCUUGAAGGAGGAACGUGAUGACCUACAGGAAAAUGCUCUCCCCGCUGCGAAGGAGAUAGCCCGAAAGAACCUCGAGGAGGUCAACACACUCAAGCCCAUCAUUGUUAUGCUUAAAGAGGAUAUUGUGGCUCUGGAGGCGGAGCGUGAUGACCUACAGGAAAAUGCCCUCCCGGCUGCCCAAGAAUUAGCACAAAAGAGGGAAGCUGAGAUUAACACUCUCAAGCCUAUCAUCGCCCAGCUUGAGAAGGAUAUCGAUAACUUGGAGGUGGAACGUGACGGUUUCCAAGAAACUGCAUCUGCUCUCCCCGCUGCUCGAGAGCUUGCACAAACGAAGGAGGCUGAGAUAAACACGCUCAAGCCCAUCAUCUCCAAGCUUAAAGAGGAUCUAGAGAUCUUAAAGGUGGAACGUGAUGGUUUCCAAGAGACUGCAUCUGCCCUUCCCGCUGCUCAAGAGCUUGCACAAACGAAGGAGGCUGAGAUAAAUACCCUCAAGUCCAUCAUCGCCAAGCUCGAAGAGGAUGUAUGGGUGGUGAAGGCGGAGCGCGACGGCUUCCAGGUGACUGCAUCUGCCCUUCCCGCUACUCAAGAGCUCGCACAGAAGAGGGAGGACGAGAUCAACACUCUUAAGCCUAUUAUUUCAAAGCUUGAGGAGGAUGUGGAGACCCUGAAGGUGGAGAGGGACUGUUUCCAGGUGACUGCGUCUACCCUACCGGCAGCGAAGGAGUUGGCAGAGAAGAAGGAGGCAGAAAUCAAUAACCUCAAGCCGAUUAUCGCUCAGCUCGAGAAUGAGGUCAAGACCCUCAAGCCCAUCAUUGUUAACCUUGAAGAAGAGUUGUCAACUGUCAAGGUGGAACGAGACGACUUGAAAGAGAACACCCUCCCGGCUGCUAAGGAAUUGGCUCAGAAGAACGAGGCCGAUUUUAUCAAGGCUGUUGAGGAGGUUAACACGCUCAAGCCCAUCAUUGUCAAGCUUGAAGAGGAAGUUAAAAUCUUGACUGUGGAGCGAGACGAGCUGCAAGGAACUGUCCUCCCAGCGGCGCAACAGAUGGCACAGAAGAAUCUUGAGGAGGUCAACACACUCAAGCCCAUCGUCGCUAGACUCGAGGAGGAAGUUGGUACUCUUAAAGUUGAACGUGAUGGCCUUCAGGAAAUUGCAUCUGCCCUCCCAGCGGCGAAGGAAAUGGCCAAACAAAAGGAGGCCGAGGUCAACUCCCUCAAGCCAAUUAUCGCCCAGCUUGAGCAGGAGAUCGUGAACCUCAAGCCUGUCAUCGUCGAUCUCGAAGAAGAGGUCAAGUAUCUGACAGAAGAGCGCGACGAUCUCCAGGAGAAUGCCUUGCCGGCGAUGAAGCUGAUUGCAGAAAAGAGCGAGGCUGAUUUUGUCAAGACUCUCGAGGAAGUAAACGCUCUUAAGCCUAUUAUCACUAAACUUGAAGAAGAGCUUGUAAGUGUUAAACAAGAGCGAGACGGUCUACAGGAAGCUCUUCCAGUGGCGAAGGAAAUGGCGCAAAAGAAUGAGGCUGAAGUCAAUUCCCUCAAACCGAUUAUCGUCAGGCUUGAGCAGGAGGUCAAGACUCUUACUGUGGAGCGAGAUGACCUAAAGGAGACUGUUCCAAUAGUCAAGGAGAUGGCACAGAAGAACCAAGAUAACUUCGUCAUGGCUCUUGAAGAGGUCAAUACGCUCAAGCCGAUUGUCGCCAAGCUGGAGGAAGAAUUGGCAACUGUGCAGCAGGAGAGAGAUAGUUUGAAGGAGACUCUCCCGGUUGCCCAACAGUUGGCAGAGAAGAACGAGGCCGACUUCAUCAAGGCUCGUGGUGAAGUAGAUACCUUAAAGCCGAUCAUUGCCCAACUUGAGGAAGAAGUUGGAACACUCAAACCAGUCAUUGAGGAACUCGAGGAGGAGGUUGUAAUUCUUAAGGCUGAACGUGACGACUUGCAGAACACUGCCCUCCCAGCCGCACAGCAAAUGGCUCAGAAGAACCUCGAAGAGGUCAAUAUUUUCAAGCCGUUCGCUGCCAAACUCGAGAAAGAGGUUGGAACCCUCAAGCCAGCUAUCGUCAAGCUCGAGGAAGAGGUUGCAGCCCUGAGGGAGGAGCGAGAUGUCUUACAAGAAACUGUAUCUGCCAUCCCAGUCUUGGACAUGAGGGACACUGGAGUGCAGUCCGAUCCUGAACCCGUAUCCUUUGCGGGAACGCAGACCGAGCCUGAAGUUGAGGAAUACUCGGUUGUGUUCGACAAGGUUGCUGAGUUUGAGCCUGUGCCCGAAGUGCCAUUGGAGUUCUCGGAGAUCUCAAUACAAGAUACCACGCCAAUCGAGCCCAUCCAGAAAUCGGCUUUACCAAUCCCGGUUCCUAUUCCCACCGCAAGAGAUGCAUCUGUAUCUUCCGAUGAGGAAACCCCCAAGAAGGUUUCCGAGACCGUGGAGGAACAGCAACAACGCCCGACUACGCCUAGUCCCCAGAAAGCCAGUUCAAUUUUUGGCUCGAUGUUUGGCGGAUGGAAGCGACCUGGGACUCCUGCACAGGAACCUGAAGGCCUUAAGGGUGCUAAUGAACGGACAUUCUCAGCUGGCACUUUUGGCAAUGGCAUGAAGGACAUCCCAAUCAUUAAAGCACCGGCUGUGGAUCAAGAGGCACAAACAGACAUCACACAUGACUUUUUUGAUAACAUGGCUGUUGCUAAAACUGUCGACAAGGGCAAGCGACCAGCGUUCGCUGUCAACAAUCCGGAUUCAAUGUAUCUCGGAGGGGAUAGGUCGCGUGCUAGGUCACCCAGUCUUCGAUCUCACGAAUCUCGCGACAGCAUUGGUCUCAAUGAAGUACGUAGAGGUGCCAUCAAGCGUCCUGGAAGCUCUGGAAGUCUGAGAGGCGGUGCUGGCUCUAUGGGACCCCCACCACUUCCUUCAUCUUCGCGGAACAACGUUUCCUUCAGGCCAAAGACCCCGGUCAACACCGACACUAUCAAGGCAAUUGCUCCCGAAACACCAAAUUCCAAGGCUGGCACGACACCAAGGCCUAAUGCCACUCCCCGAUUCUCCGCCACUAGAAGUGAGGUUUCUUCACCUACAUCUCGUAGAUCAUCGAUAUCUUCAUUCGCCUCUGAGAUUGAUACAAGAUUCAACAUCAUGCCCGAGGCUGUUGCAGGAGAAGCUCAGACAGAUCCAAGAAUGAUCCAAGCCAUCACUCAAACCAUGAUCGGUGAAUACCUUUGGAAAUACACAAGGAACACUGGGCGCGGAUCAUUAUCGCACAGCCGACAUAAGCGUUUCUUCUGGGUCCACCCAUACACAAGGACUCUUUACUGGAGUGAACGGGAUCCGACCACGGCUGGUAGAGCUGAGCUGAGGGCGAAGAGUGUUGCCAUUGAGGCGGUUAGGGUUGUGACAGAUGACAACCCAAUGCCUCCCGGAUUGCACAGGAAGAGUUUGGUUGUCAUUACGCCUGGAAGGUCGUUGAAAUUCACGGCACCAACAGGGCAACGCCAUGAAACUUGGUUCAAUGCUUUAUCAUACCUGCUUUUGAGGACCGGAGGAGAACUUGGGGAAGAGGGUGCGGGCGAGCCUGUUAAUCAUCCCGAGGAAUUUCACGCAACCCUCGGUAAUGGAAACGGAAACGGUGCGCCCGGCUCGGUCCGCGGCGGUGCUGCUGAGAGCCUUUCGUCUUACAAUACGCGAACAACACGAGCGUCAUCACCUGCUAGAAACCACUCGUCGCUUUCAAAUAGCCGCCCUUCAGAUAAGGUUGCGCGUCAGAGUAGCAGAGCCAGACUCAGUAACUUGUUCAGGCCUUCCUCUGGUUUCGGCACUUUCAGUACCAAGAGCAGCAGACACAACCCCAGUAUAUAUGACCAGAGUGACUUGAAUGAUUCGGCGGAGGAUCUGAGAGAGCAAAUUGAGAACGAGGAUUCGGAAAAACUGGAGAAUGUUAGAGCUUGUUGUGAUGGUAAACAUGAUGUCGGCACACUUCCAAGGCGUGGAGGUCGGAAGACACAAAGCGUACGUGGUGGUAGAAGCACAGAUUCCCAUCAUCAUCACCACCACGCAGACGCUGCUUCCGAGCGCGCCCAUUCACAUGUUUAA